GCAAAAAGCCGGUCUGAAUGGCUGCUUCCAGUAAUCCAGCACUGGCUCAAAGGCGCCGAUAGCGAUGUCGGUGGAAGACUUCACCCAAACGGGAAAACAGCUCCCCCGCGUCGUGAGAAUCGCGCUACGGGUCCGCUUCCGACACCCCUCCGAGAAGGACGCAGCACCGCGCCCUGCAACCAAACGCACCACACUUUUCCAGGGACAGCAUUAGCGACCCCGCAGACCACGCCAUGGAGGCGUCGCGAUGGACGACAUGGCCGAUGGGAGCCGCUCGCUGGCUGCGUGAGCCCUUAUAAGUGGCAUUGCACGCGCCAGCGUUCCCCCCAAGAAUCGUCGUCCCUGUAUUCCGUACCCCCCAUCGCAGUACUGCAAUGGCGUCGAACUCAUACCUCAUCGUCGGCGCGGGCGUCUUCGGCGUGUCCACCGCCUACACACUCGUCCGCAAAUACCCCAACGCGUCGAUCACGCUCGUCGACCGCGACGCGUACGAUGCCAGCUCCCGCGUCGCCGCAUCAUGGGACUGGAACAAGGUCAUCCGCGCUGACUACGACGACAUCAUAUACUGCCGGCUCGCGCUGGAGGCGCAGGACAUCUUCGAGCAGGACCCGCUGUACCAGCCCUUCUUCCACAAGACGGGCAUCUACUGGAUGUGCCGGACCGACUAUGCGACCCAGGUCGUGGACAACUACAAGAAGCUGGGGCGGAAAGCGGAGCUCGAGGCGAUGAGCGUGAAGGACGCGAGGAAGCUGUAUGGAGGAUUGUUCGAGGACGCGGACUACAGCGAUGUCAAAGACGUUCUCGUCAACCGAACCAGUGGCUGGGCGAACGCCGGCGAUGCACUGCGGGCGGUGACAAAGAAGUGCAUCGAGUUGGGCGUCAAGUACGUCGUCGCUGAGACCGAGUCUCUCACCUUCAACGGCGGACGAUGCACGGGUGUCAGGACGAAGAAGGGCGACACACUCGGCGCGGACAAGGUUAUCCUCUGCACCGGCGCAUUCACAGCGAAGCUCCUCGAGCAGGCCGCAAGGGCGAGCAACAAGCCCGACAUCUCCGCCGGCGGACGGAUAAUAGCAGGCGGCAUCACGACGGGCAUGACACAGCUCGACGAGGAGUCGUACAAGCGCUUCGCACAGAUGCCCGUCGCGGUGCAAAGCUACACCGCCACAGUUGGCCCCUUCGUCGGCAGUCUCCCACCCACACGCGACCGCGAACUCAAAUGGUGGGGUUCCAAAAUCUUCAAAAACACGCAAUCCAUCCUGGGCAAGCAGAUCUCCGCCCCACCCCCAGAACCCGACUACGCACAGUGGAAAGUCGCCGCCCCGCUCAAACAGGACAUCGACGAAGCCAACCGCAUCUUCUACGGCAAGAACGGCGCGAACUGGAAAAUGGAGAAGCACCGCAUCUGCUGGGACGCGUUUACCUCGUCCUCCGACUUCAUCAUCUCGCCGCACGCCGGCGCGCAAGGCCUGUACGUCGCGACCUGUGGCAGCUUCCAUGGGUACAAGUUUUUCCCCGUGCUGGGCAAGUAUGUGGUGCAGAUGCUGGAGGGCGAGCUGGAGGGCGAGUUGCGCGAGAAGUGGGCGUGGGAUCGCGAGAGGCCGGAUGAGAAGCUGAACCCGGAGUUUCCGCGGUGGGAGAUGAAGGAGAUACUGGGGGCGCAGGCGAAGUUGUAGAGGGCGCGUAGUCGAGCGUUUGGAGGUGGCUUGGUGGCAUUGCAUGCAGCAUUAAUGAUUGUGCAAGGCGUUUUGGCGCGGGCAGGUUUGUUGGAGCUUGUGUAGAAGGAAGUCACGACAUUGAUACAUCUCACGCC